AUGGACGAUGAAGGCAAGCAGGAACCGGCGAGGUCUCGGUGGGCCCCCAAACCGGAACAAAUCCUGAUACUCGAAUCCAUCUUCAACAGCGGCACUGUCAACCCCAGCAAGGACGAGACCUCAAGGAUCCGUAUGUUGCUCCAGAGAUACGGGCCCGUCGCCGACGCCAACGUCUUCUACUGGUUUCAAAACCGCCGCUCCAGGUCUCGACGCAACCGCCUUCGGGCCCAUGAUCGGGCCACAAGUACCCAAAAUAACAAUAAUAAUAAUAAUAAUAUUAAUAAUAGCAGCUUUCAGUGUGAGGAUAACUUCUUGCCCAACACAUCUGCUGUAGUGGGACCCACUUCGUCUUUCCCACUUCAUACUAAUAUCCUACACUACGAUCAUCAAUACUUGCUGGGCGGCAAUUAUAAUUAUGUGAAUUCGGAGAAUAACGCUUCCAAUUACAGUUAUGCCUGCUCGCCUCAUUUGAACUACGAACCUGGUUCCAAGAAAUUCUUGAAUUCUGAGAAGCAGUCGAAUGCCGCUUGGAGUUACAUCUUUAUUGUAACUUAA